AUGCCGAAAUUCGAGAAAGUUGUGGGUCAUUACAUUGAACUACUCGAUGCCAGCAUUUGCCGUUUCUGUGAAAGAGAAAAUGCAAUGAGUAGGGUUGCACAAAUUGAUUCAGACGAGUUUUUGAAAACCAAUUUUAACGAUGGGUGUAUAGUUUUCGCAAAUUUAAGCUAUACAGAUCUAGAAGAGAUUAUAAAACAACUAGUAGAACGCAUCGUAAAAAUUGGAACCUCUUUGGACACGAAUACAAGUCGAAUUGACGAAACUAAGUUUUGCUGUUACUGUUCUUUUGCAAAAAUGUGUCUUCUACGUGUAGAUCAUGCUACUGCAAGCAAAGCACUCACUGAAUUCGUAUUAAAAUACCUGGCAAGUUUAUCUAUCGUUAUUUUUUCAAAUCUAAAGACACCAAAUUCACAUGACAUACAAAAAUCCUUUUCUUUAUUCUUUGGGGUUGUUGGCAAUCACAGUACUCGUAUAUUCGAUAUAGUUUUUGAGAAUUUCCAAAGUGAAAUUCGCAAAACUUCCGAUCCAUUACAAAUUCAAAAUACUCUUAAUCCAUUUAUUUACUUAUCCUCAAAUAUCGAAUCGCUAGCCCAUUCUUUGGAGCAUUUAAUACCCGCAGUUCAAGAUUCAUCAUCAAUACCCGAUAAUUGCCGAGUUGUUGUAUCUCAAGUGAUCGUUGACAUGUUUUCUUUCGCCGUCAUGUCAGCGUCAUAUGAAUUCUACGCUGCUUUCCAACAAAAGCAGAAAAUUGCUCCAGUUGACAAAUUACUCGAUACUUUACAGCAUUGGGACAAGAAAUCCAACAAUAUACCAUUCAUGGCACGAUGCUCCACCUUCCUUACCGUUCCAGUUGACAUAAUGAGUGGAAAAUUUAACCAAGAUUUCGAAUUAAUUACGACAUGCUUCGAAAGAGCUGACAGCGUUACCUCCACAAUUGAAACUUACCUGUCCGCCCUCAACGCUGGCUUCUUGCUCGUCUCCGAAACACAGAAACUCCAAGUUUUCGGAGAAAUGACGUCAAAAAUUUUCACAACCGUAUUAAGUUACUGCGAAAGAGCCAUGAAGAAGAUUCUUGAGGCCAAGCCACGUAUCCAGAAGAUCAUUUUCGUUAACUUUGGCUUAGCUUUGUUCUUCUACGACAAAGAAACGUUUAUUAUCACUUUCCUUAACAUGCUUCUUCAAUCUAUUGUUCCCACGAAGGGCGCCUUGUUCUGCAAAUUCAUCUCUAGGCUCUGCAAGCACAGAACAAGGAUAGAAAUUCCGAAUGAAAUUAUUAAAUCGACAAUCAACUGUAUCGAGCUCAUGACAAAGCAAAAACAAGAUUGCCAAUACAUGAGAUUCCUUUUCAAGGGAUUUAUUUCUAAUCCUGACUUCAUGGAAACAAUUAUGCGCCGAGACCACACAAUUAUGCAAUCAAUUAUCACAGCUGCAUACAACAAUAACAUCUACCAACUAUGCAUAGCCUUACUAAAGUUCUUCGAGCCAGAAAGACUCGAUACAUUAGUCCGAGAUAAUCAAAUGUGGCAAUACAUACUUAAUAUCACUACUUCGAUCUCAAGUUUGUUUAUUAUCUCAUCCCUCUACCAAACAUCGACAUUUACUGACUACAUUCCUGAUGUUACGUUCAAAUUAGCUCAAUUCGUAUUCUGCGCGAUUCCCGAGCAAGGCGUAGAAGGUAGUGAAGAUUUCUUGAAGAGAACAGACGUCAGAUCUAUCUUAAACCACUUUGAAAUUAUCGCAUUGUCUUUGAUGACUUCAGCGUCAUCGGACGUAACAAAGAUGGCCAUAUCCAUCAUCAACGAGAUGCUUAACAUCCUCCACCAAGCCGGAAACUACGAAUCUGUAACAAUGCCGUUAGAAGCUUAUCAAACUUUAGUAACUAACUGCAAGAACAGAUCGUCAAUACAAGCCAUGGAUCCGUAUUUCGUAAAGUCUCUUAUCCUCGUCAAGAAUCCUUCCAGCGGCAUACAAACUGCCUGGAAUACGAUUUAUUCAUACUUCCUUGCCGUUCUACACGUCAUUGCUCCAGAACUAAAACGUCCAGAUACAACAGAACGCAAGGUCAACAAGCCAGUCUCCAUUCUCCACGAUGAGUUACCAAACUGUUUCUCCAUUUUGAUGGCACUUUUGUUACAGGCUCAUUCCAAAGUUGUUGACUUUGCACACACAUUUUUAAAGGAGGGUGAAUUUGUCGGACAAAUGGCCGUCGAUUGUCUUCCAACAUCGUUGUUGCCAGCAUUUUAUCCGCAGAUCACUAAAUUAAUCCAAGAAACGAUCGAUAAGAUGCAAACAACACCAGGAGUAUUCAAUGUCACUCCAGAGAACAACAUCUACAUCAAGAACGCCAUGAAAGUUCUCCGAAAUCUCCUUCGUCAGCCAUUUUACUACGAAACACCUAUAGAUUCAUCGGCCAUUACAAAGCUCACGAUGGAUUUCACAGGCUACUGCAACCUUGUCUCAAUCACUGACUUCCAUAUCUUAUGUGCUCACUUAAUUGUUGCUGUAAUGUCUCAUUACUCCAAUUCCGUUGAUGCCAAUGCCAGAAGAACAAUGACAAACUCAUUAGGAUGGUGGUUAUCCAAGCCAGAUUUCUCAUUAGCCUCAAAGAAUGCAACAACCGUUCUUCUUGAUGCAUUGACCAAACUAUUGGAUGGACUUGAUUUCAGUGAACCGCAGUACAUCGAGAAAUUCAAGUUCUUCGUCAACAUUGCGACAACAAUUUUGAAAGCACAGCCAAAACUGAAGACAGAGAUACAACAGAUGUUAACAGCCUUGUUCAGGAACAACAUAAACAUCGGUAUCAUCCAUGGUAUCUCUGAUUGUAUGGCAAGUUCCAAAUUAAUCAGAACAACUUUCAUUUUGGCCGUUGCUUCUGUCCUUAAAAAGCCAGAACCUGUUCAACCGCCCACUGACCAAUCAGAUCAUCCUCAAGAUUUGAUUGAUGUUUUGUUCGAAACUCGAUUCCAGCUCAUAGAAACACUCAUGGACUUAGUUCCUUUCUCAAGAGCAGAAGCAGUAGGUAUAAAUCUCCUUGAAGCAGCCGUUUCAAGAGAUAUCCAUUAUGAGCUCAUGGAUUUCAUGAUCAAAAUGGAACUGAAAUCAGCACACGAAGCCUCAAAGAACGCAAUCUUCAGAGGAAAUGGUGUUGCUUCAAGAGCUGUCGGACAUUUCCCAAGAUUAUUCGGCCAAACGUGGAUGACGAACCAUUUGAGGCCUUUAUUCAAUAACGUCAUCGCCGAAGCUGAAAGAGGUGUCCAUUACCAGAUCAAUCCCGCGAAAUUACCUGAAGGACAAGACAUCGAACAAAACAGAAAGAAUUUCAGAGGUGUUUUAAGAAAAGCCAUUGAUACAAUUCUUUCUGCACUCAAGUCAAUACCAUUGGCCAUUGUCAGAGUCAUUCAGAUUCUUUAUAAGAGAAUCAAUGAGGUGUUCGAUGGAUUGGGAAUUCACAUUGUUUUCGGUUUCGUUUUCUUGAGAUUUAUUUUACCUGCUUUCUCUGUCACAGCGUUAGUUGGAUUGCCACCGAUGUUACCUGAAGAACCACGCGCUUGUUUGCUUACUAUUUCCGUCAUUUUGAUGGCAAGUGCAACAAAAGGUUCAUUGAAUGAAAAAGGCGACCAUAUGAUUGUUUUCAAUGACAUUGCCGCUGAAGUACAUACAUCAUUUGAGAAAGCAAUCCAGGAAUUGAUUGACACCGAUUUAAAGGACGCACAGUUCGAAGAAGUGAAAGUAGACACUAAAAAAGUCAUCGGAGUUUUGGAAGGAGAUUUCUCUGACAUCAGAAGACAACUUGAAACGAAAAUUGCUGAAUUACCUGAUGGUGAUCCUCUUAAGAAGUCCGCAGAGAAAUUAAACUCAAUUGUAAAGACUGUUAAACAGAACCAGAACAAAGAAGCACCAAAGGCAACAUCGCAAACACCAGGAAAUACUCCAGCACUUGAGAAAUUCCUCAAAAACGAUUUCAAAGGUGAACCAUUGAAUGACAUGAAUAUAUGGUUCUACAAAUCAAUAAAGCCUCCGAGCGAAUCUGUUGUUUUGUACCAUCUGAUCAAUUCCAAACUGCCUAGAAUCAGUGAUCCGAAUGUUAUCUUUUACCAUGUUUUCAAGAUCCUCAAACUUUGCACACAAAACUUUUACAUUUUGGCUGAUUUCAGAGUUUUCGACAAAUCUCAAUGGAUCAAGCCAAGCCAAGUAGCAAAGUACCUUGAAAUGGCACAAGGAGUAUUAUCCAAACUCCAAGGAGUAAUUAUUGUCACUCCAUGUGACAAUUUCUGUAAUUUCCUUGCAGAUUGUUCUGCGAAAUAUAAUUUCAAGAAAGUUAUUUUCGCAAAGACACAACAGCAACUUACAGAACUACUGGGAGGAAUGCCAUCACUCGAAGUAGAUGCAUUGGAAACAUUCACACCUGUUGAAUCAAUCCAUACAGCGAGAUACGACAACAACCAAGUAUAUGUACGUCUUCAUAACAAAUCAAUUCAAGUUAUGAAGAACUUUUCCAAUCUUCCUUUCGAGUGCUUCUCCAUUUCUGUUUAUUUGUUUGAUGCACUUCGUAAUUUGCAGCCAAGCCAGGACGGAUUCACUUUCCAGUACGUCACAUCAAACAUCAGUCUCCAGACAACGGAAGGAUCGAAUCUCUACUCGUUGUUAGUUGCUGCUGUCAGCAGAGCGAACCAGAAACAAUCUACUGAAGGGGCUGUUGCCGUUGAGAAAUCUUCUGUUCAGUGGCUCUUGUUAAACAUCGCUUUCGCUUCGUUGAUUUCAAGCGAACACGACAUCGCGCUCAAUUACGCAGCCAUGCAAUUGGUCAAUUCUACUUACAUGAGCUUUGAUUUCAGUAGAACAUACGAUCCAGCUGAAUGUCCAGAGCAUUUGAUUCCUCCGAACUGCAGAUCAGUUGUUUUAAGUCUUUCUUUUGACUUGGCACAAUCAAAUCUCAAUGCAACAAUUGGAUUUUUGAACGAGUUCUUCAAGAUGACAGCUAAACUUCCAAGUGAUUCAAUCACUGACACAAUUCCUUUCUUAGGUCCAUGGGUUAAUAACUUAGUCAAAUCUAAGUUGGAUGAGAAGAUGCUCAACAAAAUCAUCAAGUUCUAUUUCUCUAUUACUUCCAUGCAGAAUGUCUUCAAUACAUUGAUUUGGUCUCAGUUCCAUCAACCAGAAAACAUGUCUUAUUUGUUUGGAAUUCUCAGGGAAAUGGACAAGGAUUUGAACGAAAAUUACGAACAAGACAAAGAGAAAGACAAGACAAAAGAAAGAUCAACAGAAGCUCUCCAUUUAAUUAACUUCAUUGCCCAAUUAAAUCCACCAUUUGCAUCUAAAUAUUGGGUUGAUAACUUCGAUUCUGGAGAGUUUUCUCGCAAUGCUCUUCACUCUCUUUUGAUGGCAGAUGCUUUUGUUACAGAGCAAGUUCCUGAAUUGUUGUUCAAGAUCAUCAUAAUGCGUGGAAUGUUCACGCAGCAACAAAGAUUGGAUAUUUCCAAACUCUUGAACAAUCUUUUGGCAAUGCUCACUCUACAUUCAAACAAAGACGCGUCACAAAUGAUCAACGACGUCGUCACUUUGUACUCUGAGCCAAACGAGCCAGAGUUCGAAGGCUGGGCAAGCAAAUUAGUAAGAAUGGCUAGAAUCAUUUCCCAAAUCUUGUCAACAUUGGAAUUGAACGAAAUCAAGUCAAAGAUUUACAAGAAAUUCGAAGAGAAACUUGACAAGACAUUGGGAUCUGUUUCUAACUACAUCGGUGUUGUCUUCUGUUCCGCAUUGUACAAUGAUGGAAAAGCAGAUAAUCUCGUCAAGUUGAUUCUGCAAGUUAUUCCAUUCGGUCCUGAUGACAACAACCAUGUUUUGUGCUAUUCUUUCUCUCUCCUUGACUUCAACGACAACAUCAAAGCAUAUUUGACAUUGGCAGCAAUAACAAUGCUUAGUACUACAUCAGCACAUUCAGCACUGAUUUUGCUUAACCACGUUGCAACAGUUGAAUCCGUUGAACUACUCUUGCAAAUUCCAAACUCUAAGGAAAUCGAAGCAGUCACAGAUCUUCCUCUGUCAGAGCGUCCAUUCAAUUCGCUUGCAAUGGUUGCUGCAGCAUACGACGAAACAGGUGUUUGUGAAGAUAUGAUCAUCAACCUUUGCGAAAGUGACAAAUCUAUGGCAAUUUUGGCAGUCCAAUACAAACCAGAAUUAGCACAAUUUGUUAAAGAAUUCGAUUACUCAGAGGAAGAUUGGCCAACAAUUGCAGCAAUUUCAUUCACAUCAUUCAUGCGUAACCCCAACAAAGACGAAGUUUUCGAAGUUGUCAAGAGUUACAUCGAAAAGAAUCCAGAAGCAUUCGGUUGCUUCAACGGUUACCAGUUGUUGGAGAGAAGAAACAUUUUGCGAUUGAUACAUGAUAAUUUGAAGAUUUUGGAGUUCGGCAAAAUAGCUUCAUUCCCGAAGCAGAGGAAUUUGGUUCACAAAGUUGUAGCACAGAUAUACAAUGAGGUCAAGAACAAACCAAUUCCUUAUGAUCAGUCAAAACAAAUCUUAAGUAAUUUGACUGAAAAAAUUUAA